AAUUUUAUUUCUGUUGCGGGAGGUUGGCGGCGCGCGUGCGAAGCAAAUUUAAUAAAAUUUGAGACAUGGUAAACAAAUAAUUAAUUAAUUAAUAAUCAUUUAUUCAACAAUGAUAAACUGAUAAAAUCGCGCCAAAACGGAUAAAGCCAAAAAUCAAGGCCAGACAUUGAUUAGUGUUUAAUUGUUCAGGUUUUCAACGUACUCGUCGGGGCCUUAAAUCGUGUUAAAUGUUGUUUGUACAAGUAAAUUGCGACAAUUCAGCCGCUUAAAAGUGCCAAAAAGAGCCAGAAUAAAAAAUAUUUGGCUAAAAGAAAUAAGCGAAAAAAAGGAAGCAACGGAAAUUCGGAAAUUUUGCUCUCGCUCUCUUUCUCAUCCUCUCCAUGUGUGUGCGUGUGCAUGUGAGUGUUGGCGUCGCUAAAAAGUGCAUGUGAAAAAUAUUAAGGAAGCCGAAAUAAAGGAAGGCCAAAAAAUUAAUAAAGGCAAACAAAGUGAGGAAAUUGAUGAAAAAACAGCCCAAAGAAGGCCCUUUACAUAAAAUUAUGUUUUGAUUUGAAAAAACGCAGCCAACUGCAGUACACUUGUAUAUGCCGCUGCAUGUGUGUAUGUAGUGUGGAGCAGAAGCAAAAAAAAAACAGUUUUUGCAGCCGGGAUACAAAUUCCAAUUGGAAACUAAAGGAGCAGAAAAGUCUCAUUUGGCGCAUGCGUGGCUGCCAGCAAUAAAACCAAAAGUGAAUUGAAUGGCAUCGAAUGGAUUGGAUGUGUACGCCGCAAGCUCACUGAAUGUUCAAUGAAUUUCGACUUUCGCACAAUUUGCGCGCUUUUCACACUCGAUUAUUGGAAUUAAUUUAGAUACGUAAAAACAGGCAUUUUAUCAAAAUAACGAAACAAGUAUUUUGCAUAAAAACGAACGGAAAUCGAAAGGGACGCCCUGAAGGUCAAUGCCAGAGAGCGGAACGCCGGCAACGGAACGGGAAACAAUGGAAAUGAGAGGAAGCCUGGCAGACAUGCAAAUUUCGGGUGACUUUUGAGGGGUUUGAUUAACAUAAUUCGCUCUCUAAAUAAAUAAUUCGUAUAUCCCCCACAUGCACACAUGGAAAACAAAGCCAAAUAAAGUUGGAGAACAAUGGAAGUGCAACAGGAAAACGAAACUGGGAGAGAAGGGGGAACCCCAAAAUCAGAGAAAGAAGCAGGAGCGAUUAUAAGCAACCAAGAGACUGAAAAAGCGGCCAUGAAAAAGGGUGGAAACGCAGGAUCGGCAAGGGAAUCGGAGUCCCCAAACGAAGCAACCACCACCCGAAAUCGAUAUGAAGAAAACACAACGAAUUCCAUAAAAUUGGAUGGCUUAUUCGCCAUACCAGCCACGCCCCCAAAUAAGAUGGGGUUAAUUACUAAAUCGGCCAGCAGUAGCCGCAGCAGUUCCCUCAAAAAGCAGCGACGUGGAUCGAGAGGAAAAGCUAAUUUGAACGUAAUGGGAACGGAGAAUGGAGUUCCCAAGAGCAACACUGGCACUAAUAGUGUUGGAAACGACUUGAUGAAGCAGUCGCAGUCCAUGACGUCACUGCAGGCCUCGAAUGAGGAGCAGCAGGAGCGUCGUGACGUCAUCCAGGCCAAGCUCCAUUUGGAACGGCCCUACAACAGCCUCAAGAAAAAUUCGUAUAGCAAUAAAUUGCACCGUUAUUCGUGGGGAAGCGGAAACAGUCAGUGUAGUUCCACCAGUCUACACAGCAGCGCCACCUUGGGCCUGGGCUCCUCAGGGAAAGACGACCUUUGGGCGGCCAUUCAAACGAACUACAACUACAUUAUGGACACGAACCUUUUGGACACAUGCAAAGAGGCGCGCUGUGAGAUAGAGGGCGCUACAACAGUCUUGGAAAAGUCCAGCGAAUGCAGUUUUAAGAUGCUUGAUGAGACCCAACGACCAGAAGGUCUCUGUGAGGAUCCCAAGGAGUUGCGGAGAUGGUUGCGUGAAAUGGAGAGUAAAUUGGAGACUUCGCCGACAAUCACAGAGCUGACUUUGUUUGGCAACGCGGAAUUGCAGCGCCAUCUAGCAGUGCACUCGGUGUUGUACCAUGAAAUUGUAUCACACGCUCGAGUGGUGAGCUCUUGCAUUCGAGCCGCCGAAAAGGAGCAGCAACUCCAGCAGCAGCAGCAGCAGCAGCAACAAUUGCAACUUCAGCAGCAACAGCAACAGCAGCAACUGUCGAGUCAACAGCCCGCCUCAUUGACCAGUAACUGCUCCAGUGAGUCAACCAGCGACUCGGCUACGAAGUCGAGCAGCCUGAGCAGUGGUUUCGCCUCCGAUCCGGUGACCACACCCACCACUGCCAUUGGAACCACGGCAGCUGCCCCACCACCAAGUGGCAGCCACCACCCAUCCAAGAAGGGCGAAGGGAACUUGGAGCGACUGAGGGACCGCUAUCAUCUGCUGUAUCUGAAGGCCUUCGAACUGCAACUGUGCCUGGAUAACCUGCUAAGGAAACGAAGCUCCACAGCGAAUGGUUUGGAUGUGGACGAGGAGGAAGACACCGAAGACGACUCCUUUGGCUACGAGGGUGAAGCCACCGAGGACGAUCUGAACGAGGUCAACUCGGAUCUGGAUCUGGAGAACAGUGAUUCCAAAGCGGCCACCCCCGCGGAACUAAUCCUCCAGCGCUGCCAGAUUACAGCCACCCAGAUUGUCUGUGGCCUGGAUGAGUCCCAUUCCCAUUCGCAUUUGCAGUCGCAAUCCCAGCAAAUCGCAUCCCAAGCGGAGUCUCUGCCAGCGGAUCAGCCACGCGAUUGUCUUGCACCUCAAAAGCCCGGCGAUGAGGCUGAUGAGGAGCUAGAGGAGGAGGACGAGGAUCCGGAACUGGGCACCGAUGUGGUGGACUUCCUGAUUGCCAAGCGAUCGUGGAGACAGGCGAACCACCCGAAUCCCAGUGGGGCAGCCACCUUAACCGAUUUCGAGGCGGACUCGGAGAGCAGUGAUUUCGAGCAAGUGCAGCAGCUGAGCAGGAGAGGAUUACCAGUGGUAGUGGGAAGCACCCGAAGGGUCCUAAAUCUCAUAGAGAUGCCACAGGGCAGCAAUCGCAAUAUCAACGGCAGCAACUCGUUGCUGCAACAGCGUCAUCACAAUAUGCUGCCGAAUAAAGCGCAUAACAAAAACAUAGCCGUGGCGGUAAUCACACCCAAUUCGCAUGGGAAUACCAGUCACGGUCACGGGCUAAGUCACGGACUCGGUCACGACCCAUUGAACAAGUCGCCGCUGGGAAUGCGAAAGACGACGCGUCAUCACCACAAUGACACCUCCAAGUUCAACCGCUCCAAUCGCAAGUCGAAGAACUGUGCGAUCUUCUACUUCAAGCACCUGGACACGGACAACGAGCAGGGGAAUACGGGAACGGGGACGGCGGGCAGUGAUCUCCAGAGCGAGGAUGAUCCUCCGUGCCUGAUCCACCGGCGAAGACCCACCGUCGGAGCUGGAGGCGACAUACUGAAAUCGGCUGAUGCCUCAACGGAUGACGACGACGAAGGUUGGCUCUACACGGCGACAGCAGCAGCAGCAGCAACAACAUUGGAAGUUGCCACAACAGCAACUGCAACAUCAAGUGCCGCAGCAACAUCGAUUGUGGAUGGUCUGCAGUCCACGGCCAUUUCCUCGACCACGGCAUCAUCAUCUUUGGGUGGACAACUCCCGCCCAGCGACGACUCCGAUAAGGAGAACAAGGAGGCUCUGGUGGUCAGCACCACGACAAUUACGGCAGCAGCAGCAACAACUGUUGCAAUAGCAGCCUCGCACAACAGCAGCAACUACGACAGCAGCAGCGCCUGCUCCUCCUCGAACUCAAACUCAAACUCCAACGGCAGGCACACAGAGACCUCGGCCACCUCGCGAGUCACCCAACUACAGAUGCAGAUCCACUCGCAGUCGCAAAUGCAAAUGCAGAUGCAGAUGGAGUUCCAAACCAAUGGCAGUGCCAGCGAUGGCAGACACGUCAUUAGCAACAACAAUUGCUACAGCAGUCUACAACAUCAGCAGCAAAACAACAACGAGGGCGAGGCAGCCGAUGAUCAUUUGGCCAAAAUCAAGUUGGGCGUCGAUGAGACAACUGCUGAUUUGGCAAAUGGAAACGCCAGCAUAUCUCAGCAGAUGAAUAACAGUUUUUACAGCCGCGCGGACAUCUGCAACAUCAGCGUGUGGCCAGCAGAAACCGUGACCAGUUGCCACUUGCCACCAAGAUCCCCGGCCAAGUCCACCAAAUCCCAGGCCAGCAGCAGCAACGCCACCAUGUCCGCAUCAAUGAUGCUCGCUUCGCCAGCCAAGGGCAAGGUCUCGCAUGAUUCAAUCAAGCAGUUGGUGCUGGAAGCCGAGCAUUUGGUGCGCGACGCCCAAGAGGCCGCACUGAAGACGCCAACCAAGCAGAAACAUUCCAUCAUUAAGAUCUCGUCGACGGUCAAGAAACGCGAGGUCACCAUGUCGCAUCCCAGCAAGCAGCGUGUCGAGGAGUGGCUGGAGCUCCAGCCCUCGACGCCACAGCUGCUGACCCGCAGCCAAACGCAUGAACUCCUGCCAGGCUGCAAGCCCGACGAUUGCGAGGCAUCCGGAGAGGCAUCUGAAACGGAUUCAGUGCCUCAGGCUGGAGUUGGACUUGGAGUAACGGGAGGAGGAGCAGCCAACGGUGCGGGAUCGGACACCUCGGAGGGAUUCACCGAUUCCAUUGCCACCUGUAUGCAAACGAGCACGAAUUCCUAUGGGAAUUCAACGGAGCGAAUCGGUGGGUCGGCAGAGCCCAUUGGCCAGCCUGUGACGCCUUUGGGCUUUGGCAGCAGCAAUCAGAGCCUGAACGUGAAGAUUGUGAAGCGACCGCAGACGCGUCGCAAAUCGGAGAGACCUUGGUCCGUGUCGUGCCUGUCCCAGUUGACCACGGAUGCGGCCCAGUUGAGCACGGCCCACAGGAUUGUGGAGAACUCGCCACCGGGACUGGCCAGUCAUUCAAUCAGCGAAAGUGCUCUGGAUUCGCUUUCGCCGGGACCCAGACCGCGGGCUGCUUCUUCCUCGGGAACGGGAAGUAAUGCGGCCAGGAAGGCGGACAGCAAGGGAUCGCUGCGGCGGAGGAAGGCCCGCAAGAAGCGCAUUUCGGCCGCCUCGGCUGGCAGGAAAUCGGAUUCGGGUUCCGAGCUGGGUGGAGAUCUCACCCAGACGUUGAUGAAGUCCUGCGAGUCCAUGUCGUCGCAGCAGUUGCAGGAGUUCACCAAUGCCCUACUGAGCAUACAAAAGGGAGCAGUCAUUGCCCCUUUGAGUCCCAAGGGAGACGUCUUAGCGGGAGUCACUCUGCUGGCCGAAGGCGAGGCAGCAGGGGAAACCCAGCAGCUGAUGCUACCCAAAUUCCGGGUGGGAUCCUUCACCACGGCAGGUCUAUUGGCCAGCGAAACGAGAUUGGGCGCCCUCGCAGCUCUGUCCAACUACAUGAACGAGGACGAACAGCAAGCAGAACUCAGCACCGAGGACCAUCACAGCAGUAUUUCGGAGACGGCCUGGGAUAAUUACCAAGAGAAAUACAACUCAGAGAACUAUUCCGAGGGCUUCGAUUCGGAUGCGGCCCGGCGUCUCUUAGAAUUCGGCGACGACUAUCGCAAUUACAUCGACUCGCAGUCGGAUUGCUGCAGUUCCCUGUCGGCGGCCAACAAUCUGGAUUCGUUUUCGCCGCCGCGCAUGGAUUCACUGCAGAAGCACGAGCUGAAGACACUCCACAUCAACCAGGACACAAUUACCAGUAGCGUGGACCACGCCCGCCGCCAGCGCGCAUUGGAGCUGCAGUACGAACGCCGUCGCAAGACCCUGGAAGUUAGACGCAAAUCCUGCCAAGAUAUGGAUGAAAUCCCGAUAGUUGCCAACCCCCUGAAGGAGCAGCAGACUCAGCCGCAAUUGCAGGCCCAGCCUUCGCUGUCUGCCUCCGCCACCGCCUUAAUGACCACGCCCAAGAACCAGUCCACCAGCCAGCAGCAGCUUGGCCAACGCACCGACUCCGUGGGCCGGAAGCUAGAGUUUGGUGGAAUGAGCCACUCGGCUCAGUCCCUGCUGCGUCGCACCUCCGAGAGCGACACUUCGACCAGGAGGCGACGUACUGUGACGGCGGACGAGAGGAGACGCUCCUCCCGCAACUUGGAGAAAUGUAUCAAGCUGAUUCCAGCCACCACUUCAUCGUCCAGUGGAUCGGACUCCGAGGACGGAGAGCAAGAGAUGCGAUCUCUGCUGCAGCAAAGCCGCGACAGGCUGGACGACACCAGAGCCCUGAAGAUCAGAUGCCAUCUGCUCAGACCAGAGGAUUAUAACGAGAUCAUCAACACUUGCCGCGACAAUAUACGCUGCCUGGAGGCCGUGCUGCGCGGUCCACCCGGCACUGUGUUGUCCACCCACUGCGCUGGCCAGACAAAAGAUCUGCUCGCCGCCUGGGAGGACCUGCUGGGCUGGAGCGAGAAUGCCUCGGCUGCCCGCAAGUUGCAGCAGGAGAUGAGCGUGCUCAAGAGCGCACUGCAGCGACUGGGGGACAAGCCCACUCCGGAACUCCUCGACACAGAGCCGGCCAUUCAAAUAGCCGUGGAAGCCCUCAAGCUGGAACAGACGCAACUGGCCAGCUACAGGACCAACAUGCUGCGCCUCAACGCCUCCGUCCACAGCUGGCUGACCAGACAGGAGCGGCGUCUGCAGAACGCCUUGGAGGAACAGGAGCAGCAGCAGGAGUCCGAACAACUUAAGCAGGAGAAGCCGUUGGAGGAGAAGGCUGCGCAGUCCAACGGAGCUGUGGCCAUCACCGUCACCGACAGCAAUGGCAAUCAGGUGGAAGCCCUGGCCACUGGAGAAGCCUCCACCUCCACGGCUGCCUGGGAUGUCCACUCGCUGAUGUCCGCGGAGCAGGAGUUCCACAAGCAUCUUAAGAACGAAGUGAGCGACAUGUACAGCGCCUGGGAUGAGGCAGAUGCCAGAAUCAACACGCAACUGGAGAUGCUCACCAACUCGCUGAUUGCCUGGCGACAGCUCGAGUCUGGCCUGAGUGAGUUCCACUUGGCCUUGGGCCAGGAUAGGGGCACCCUGAAGGGUCUUGAAGGAGCGCUGGACAAGGGACAGGCUACGCCCGUUGAGCUGGCCCAAAAUGUCAAGCUGGUGGCUAAGCUGCUCUCCGAAAAGGUUAAUGUGAGCCAGGAGCAACUGCUGGCCGUACAGCAGCACCUCGACCCCAAUCACAUCUACCACAUUGCCAAGUUUACGGCCUCGAAUGGUUCGCUCUCGGACUCUGGCAUUUCCGAUGGCGGUGCCACUUCCGAUGGUGGCCUCUCCGAGAGGGAGCGACGAUUGGGUGUGCUGCGUCGCCUGGCCAAGCAGUUGGAGCUGGCCUUGGCGCCGGGGAGCGAGGCAAUGCGUUCCAUUGCCGCCCGCAUGGAGAGUGCCGAGGCCGAGUUGAAGCACCUGCAGAACACCUGCAGGGACUUGAUUGUGCGCACGGCAGCCAGCCACCAGCAGAAGCAGCAGCAACAGAGCCAUCAAGUGCCACGCAAGGCCAAUGGACAAGUGAAGAAGCAGGCUGGCAAGGCCAACGGUCAACCGCAGUCGCCUGGUAAACGCGGCAAGGGAGCGCGGAAAGCGCGCCAGACCAAGAACGCUGGCGAGGAUCAGCAUGAGGAGAAGCUCAGUCCGGAGCAGCAGAAUAUGGUGCUGAAGCAUAUUAAGACCCUCGCCAGUGGCGACGGUGGCGACGACCCCUCCGAUGAUCCCUCGCUGCUCUUCAACUUGGAAAGCUCCGAGGAAGAUGCCGAAGAAGCGGAUCCCGCACAGGCCAGCAAACGCGGUUGGGCGUGGCGCAUAGCCAGGGCGGCAGUGCCCAUGCAGGUGGCCUUGUUUACCAUCUUUUGCGUCGCCUGUCUGAUGCAGCCCAACUGCUGCGACAAUCUGAACAACCUGUCCAUGAGCUUUACGCCCCAGUUACGUUAUAUCCGCGGACCACCUCCGAUCUGAGGACAGAAAGCCACUACUUAAGCAGGCCGCCAAUCGUUGUAGGUUACCGUUACGUUAUGUUAAGGCAUUUAACAGCUGUAACUAGAGUUAACCAGCGCAACACCCCGCCACUUAAGCAGAGCCACUAAAAGCUCGCUUUUGGCGCGCGUAUACCGCGCUCAAGGUUUUAUAAGGAAACAGAGCGUUCUCCCCGCCUCCGAAAUGUGCGACACGCAGAGGCCGCCCAAUUUUAUACGUCUAAUUUAGGUAGCGAGCGCGAAAGAAACGCAAUUUAUACUAAGGAUAUAUUUGUUAUUUCGGUUAAUUUCCUACGAGUUUAGGUUGCAGUUCGAUGGAACAUUGAGGAUGUACUUAGGCGGUAAUGCAAUAAUAAGGCAAUGCCCAUGCCACUUGAAAACUGCCGCAUUAUGGAGCUAAUGGGAGGAGCCCACCCCCACAGACCUACCCAGUACAUAUUUAUACAAACAGAAUGAUCAAUUCAGUGGCGUUUCGUAUACUUUUUUGUUUAAAAAACACUAAAGUGCCUACAAAUGCGAACUGUGAACAAGGAACUAUCAACAGAUGACAAAGGAUCCAAUGGUGACUCCAAAUGAGAGUAUCAAUCCAAGGCAACGAAGCAAACAGAAGCUAAAAGCCAACAUCAGUAGAGGAGCUAGCAAUGGAGCUGGCUACAGCAACGAAUGAAAAUCAGAGUUUAUAUUUUUAUAUGCAACGCAACUAUACACAAUCAGUGCGCGAAGACGAAGACUCUUCAGCCCCACACACAUCAUACGUUUUAUGUCUAUUAUAUUAAUAGGAUAAACCUUAAACUUAUUUUGCAAGCUGAAAAAUUCGAAAAAAAAGAAAAACUAGAAAUUAUCACUUAGGUUUGUGUUUGGAAUUCCUAGACUUAGUUUAUGAUUUACUCACUCCUGGCAGAUGAUCAUUGUAAUCUACUUAUAAGGUUUAUAUAUUUUGUGCGUUUUCAAAACUUUCACUUGGCAUUAAAAGAACAAAACAAAAAAAAA